AAUAUUUAUUUUGGGGGGUCAUCGGUUUCACUCGGUUUCUCUCUGUAUCUGAGUUUCUGCUUUGUUUGCAUUCCAUGUGCACCUUAUUUCCUAACACUGCACCUUCUCUCUCUUCUCUCUCUCUCUUCCUCAAGGAUUCACGGGUUGCUUCUUCUUUUUUGUGAUCGCAAACAAGCUGGUGAAGUGAUGGAAAGUUGACAAAAACAGGUAGAAAUAAGAGUACCAAACUGGUAUGCACUAUAGACCAAAGUGAAUUACUGCAAGCUCAAUCCCUGUCAUUCUCCUUCUUCUACUGGUGUGGGACAGAAUAGUAAAAAAAAAGAGUUAUGGCGCAGGAUUUGUCUUAAAGGACGUAGGUUUACUCCAUUUCUAUAUAAGCAAUGGUUGCGGAAUCAUGGUUUCGCAGUCUGUGGAAGGCUCCUCGGAAGCAUGAUGCUAAUUCCGAGAAGGUGGUCAUUGAAGUAUUAGCAUUUGAAAUAGCAAGCUUGAUGUCCAAGCUAGUUAACUUAUGGCAGUCUUUGAGUGAUAAACAGAUUGUUAGAUUGAGGGAGGAAAUCACAAAUUCACUGGGCAUAAGAAAGCUUGUCUCAGAUGAUGAUAAUUUCAUUGAACGCUUGAUCUGUUUGGAGAUACUUGAGAAUAUGGCGCACGUGGCUGAGUCUGUGGCCAGGCUUGCUAAGAAAUGCAGUGAUCCGAUUUUGAAAGGUGUUGAAAAUGCAUUUUAUGAGUUUAUCACUUCGGGUGUUGAUUCAUAUGGGUGGGAAUUCACUUCCAAGAAAAUGGAAAAAAAGAUUAAAAGGAUGGAAAAGUUUAUAGUGACUAAUGCAAGUUUGUAUCAAGAGAUGGAAGUGCUUGCUGAUCUUGAACAAACUUUUACAAGAAUGAAGGCUAGUGGUGAGUCAGAUGGUGUAACUUUAAUGGAGUAUCAGAAGAAGGUUGCAUGGAAGAGGCAGGAGGUGAGGCACCUACAGGAUAUUUCUCUGUGGAACAGGACCUAUGAUUACACAAUACAUCUUUUAGCAAGAUCUUUAUUUACAUUAUUCUGCAAGAUCAACCAUGUGUUUGGAAUUCAAGAGAUGGUGGAUGUUGGUGGAACCAAUAACUCUGGUGUCUUGAAUUCUGAUUUCAUUUAUAGAAGUCAAUCGGUUUCCACAUUAUUGCAGUCUUCAUUCCACCCAUCAGAGAAUAAUGUUGCCAGAUUUUCUUCAGGACCACUUAACGCUAUUACUGCUAGAUCUGGUCCAAUUGGUAGAACAACAAAUAAAACAAGCAUUUCUUAUUCAGGUCCUCUCGGUGACUCAUCCACAAAGUCGGGCCCCAUUUUAGGGAAAUAUACAAACGUCAAUUUUUACUCAGGUCCUCUUGGAAGGAAAUCGAAUCAAUCAGUCCCAGUUACUGGAAGAAAUAAAAAGAGCAAGAUUUGGAGGUUUUAUGGACACUCUUCUGCCAUUAGUGGGAAGGCAACUCCCUCAAGACCGAGUAGACUGACUCAAGUAGGACCGUUCAAAGGAUGUAUGGCUUGGGACAGUUCCAUAUUCACUGACUGCCAGUCAAGUGCAAAUGGUGUUCAAUAUGGAAUUCACAAUUCCAAAGAUGUUAAUUCUAACCCUCUUGGUCCUGGAAAAGUGGUUUAUCAUACUCAAUCCGUUUUCAAACCUCUCUGCAAGCUAUUAAAUCCUCCACCUGAAACCCUGGGUGCUGCUGCUCUAGCAUUGCACUAUGCAAAUGUUAUCAUUGUGAUUGAGAAGCUAGCAGCUUCUUCACACUUGAUUGGUCUGGAUGCAAGAGAUGACCUGUACAACAUGUUACCGAGACGUGUGAGAGCUGCCCUUAAGGCAAAGUUAAAGCCAUUUACCAAGACCAUGGCUUCAUCAUCAUCAUCAUCUAUAUAUGACCCAACUCUAGCAGAAGAAUGGAAUGAAGCAAUGUCAAGCAUACUUGAAUGGCUAGCACCACUUGCUCACAACAUGAUAAGAUGGCAGUCUGAGAGAAGUUAUGAGCAGCAGAGCUUUGUUUCCCGGACGAACGUGUUGCUGGUACAGACCCUUUACUUUGCAAAUCUAGAAAAGACGGAAGAAGUAAUCACUGAGCUUCUUGUGGGUCUGAAUUAUGUUUGGAAAUAUGGUAGAGAGCUCAAUGCAAAAGCUCUGGCCGAGUGUGGCAGUUUUAGGGUUGACAAUGAAUAUCCUAAUCUGAAUGGAUAAAUAAUUUGUAUCAAGGUUGUGGCCAUUUCCUGCAGGAGUUCAGUUCCUUGCCACGGAUGAGACUUCAGGAGCACUAAUCAUCAGUCUUGUAGAAGCAACAAAUGUGAAUCAAGUGGUAGCUGAAGUAUGAGAGAAGUACCUAUGUAUUCAUUAUUGUGGAAAUUUAGUAUCAGAAUGCGUACCUGGGGAGGAAUUUUUUUAAUCAUUAUCGUUAAUUUUCUUUGAUGAGUUCCAAGCUGCUAGAACUUGGAUGGCUGGUCUCAUCUUUGCAAUGUUGGCCUUCUUUCCUCUUUGAUGAGUUCCUACUUCCUACGUGAUGUUUAGGGUGUGCAUAUUUAUGAGCAUUUAUUACAUAUUAAAUUGUAUAGUUCUAUCACGCAAUGGUGAGUGUUAUUUCGCUAUA